GAACAUCUCAUAAUACAUCUUCCGUAUGAGGCUUUGACUGCUGGGCCCGUCUUCUAUAGGUGGAUGUACAGAUUUGAAAGAUUUCUAGGAGAGCUGAAAAAGAAAGUGACCAACAAGGCACACGUUGAGGCUUCAAUUUGUCAAGCGUAUCUUCAACAAGAAAUCUCAACGUUCUCGUCUUUUUACUUCGAGCGUGAGGUCAUCACCAGAAGGAAGAGACCUGCCCGGAACGAUGACAUUGGCGAGGAUUUAUAUGAAAAUGUAGUUUCCAUCUUCAAUUACCCAGGCAGAGGUAAAGGUGCUGCGACACAACGAUACAUCCUGGGUGGGGAAUUGUAAAUUGCGCAUACUUAUAUCCUCAUGAAUUGUCCAGAAAUCUCACCG